UACGAACUUUACCCCCAACGCUCUUUUACCCUUGCCGAACAUGGACGCAACCUGCGUUGAUCCUAAGCUUUAUUUAGUUGUGCCUAGUUCGUCCAGGGGGAACCUUACCCCGAGGAAACCUGACGGCGAUACCAUUUUUCCGUCGAGAGCGACGCAGGUUGAACUAUUCCAACACAAAAUAAUUCAGCCGGAUGAGGAGCCAACUUACAACUCGUUCGAACCGCUUUAUGAAGACAUCAUGCGUGAUCGCACUCCGCCCGCCAACGAUCAACCCAGUCCGGAAGACAUCGCGUUGUCGACCGAAGGAGCCGGCCAGCCGGGCUCGCCCAACAACCAACUCGGUCCGGCCGGUAAGCGGCCCAAGAGGAACAGACGCAGGACGGUCUGUAUGGCCUGCCGCAAAUCCAAACAAAAGUGUGACUUGGGGAUACCUUGCGGGAAGUGCUUGAGAGGGGGCCACCAUUGCGUCUAUGAGCAGCGCUCUACGGUGGAGGGGGAGCCGCAAAGGGUCGCGGCCGUACGACAUGGCGCCAACGUUCAAUGAUUUGAGUGGCAUGUAUGAGUUGGCGCUUCUCUCCGACCGCGAUAGCUGCAUUUUUCCUGCGCUGAAUUUGUUAUACGAUCACUUGCCUCACUGUUUUGUUUAAACUGUUUCCAAGUAUUAUCG